GCUGGCGCUGAGCGCAGUCCAGGAGUGGUGGAGACUAUGACCACGCUGCGAAGGCUUCGAGAGGCGCCCCGGCACUUGCUAGUCUGCGAGAGAUCCAACUUCAGCCACCACAAGUCACGCCACCGGCAUCUAGUGGAGGCGCACUAUCACAAUUACCGGGUUGCCAUGAAGAAGUGAACUGCUUGAGUUGUUCAAUUUCUCUUUGCCUGAGAUUGAUCUGUUAAGAGGUUCCUGCAAUGCCUGAUGCUCAAUACAAAUAUUGAUGAAGAUAAUACUGUUGAUCUGCUACUCAAUGGAAAGUUGAUUUUAUCCCUGGAUAAAGACACUUAUGAAGAAACUGGACUUCAAGGUCAUCCCUCUCAGUAUUCUGGCAGAAAAAUCAGGAAGUUCAUUGUUUCCAAUGAUUUGAUGGAUUCAUCUUUUAUAUUAGAGUCUAUGAAGUAUAAAAGAACAUGUUGGUCCUUCAAAGAAAAGGCUUUGACGUUUGAUUUCCUUUUGGCUUGGCAUUGUGCAGAAGCAUCAUCCUAAAGUAGAGCAGAGCACAGUGAAUGGUUUGCAGUGUCUGGUGCUGCAGAGCAGUGAGCUCAAGGGAGAGAGAGCCAGAGUCAUCCUGCGGUGU